AUGACACCUCAGAAAAGCGUACGGUUCGAUAUAGAAUACCAUGGAGAUGUGUACGAUGUGCAAAUUGGGAAUGUAGACGGAAGGAACAACGUAGGACGUCUUGGGAAAAAUUCUGAAUCCAUUUUAAUAAUGCCCUCCCACAUGAACUGCAUCUACUCGUGCAGAUGUAAUGAUUCGCGUGGCGAUCGGGACAGAGACAAUUUCUGUGAAGGAAAGGAGCAUCGCUCCAUGUUGCGAAUAAGUAAGGAAGGUAAAAGCGAUUUGAUGAGAAAUAACUGUCCGAUGAGAAGUGCAGAGCUCUACAAGGUAGAUAACAGAAGGUGUAAAAAGGUCAUUAGUGAGAAGGGCUUCCCGAGCAUCGAUGAUGAUACCAGCGAACGUGUUAGAUUCUGCGAGGUGUGCCUCCAUGCCGGUACCAUUGCAGAAUGCAGAACCCCUGGUAAAUGUAAAGGCCCAGAGGAAUAUCUCCAUGGAGGACUUCUUACCCGAAAGGGAAUGAAGGUACCCACCCACGAGAGUAACUGCCUGGCAAAUCAGCAGAGAAGAAGUUGUAGUAGUAAUAGUUGCCCAGGAGGAAGUGCCAUAUUGAAGUACCUGAAAAAAGGGAAAAAAAAGAAGAAAAAGAAAAAAAAAAGGAAAAGAAAGGAAAAGUCAAAGGGAAAUAUUUCUCUUCCGUUUGGUGGAGCAUCCAAAAUGGCAACACUUUUGCAUAAAAAAAGUGUUCAUUUGGGGCAUGAUAAAAAUUUGAACAAUGACAAUGGGGUAGUUGUCUCCACACGAGAAGAAAAAAAUGAAAAUGUGAUGGGGUUAUCAAAGGGGAAGCCUGUCAACAGUUUAGAAGGGGCAAUCAGAACCAGGAGCUAUGGGAAAGAGAACGCACCCAGGAUGAAGCCGCUUCGGAGCUGUAGAGGGCGCAGAAAUGUUUUUAGGUCCCAUUUAAAGCUACACAGACUGAAAUGCCGGAGUAUGAAGAUAAUAGAAAAAUUAAAAGACGCGAUGAUAAAGGAAAAUAUAGCUUACAACAAGAGAGUGAUGACUCUUAACGGGGGUCACGAAAACGGGAGGUCUCUUUCCAUCAAGGGAAAGGAACGGGACCCUGAUAAUAAGGGUGUUAAUAAUAACGGUGAUUGUGAUAAUAAUCGUAGUCAUGGAAAUGGGGACCGAGCGGAAAGGGGUAUCGUUGCCAAGCGAACAAAAGGUACCUGGUUGAAGGAAGAAGAUUAUUUAGUAUACAAAUUUAGAAGGAUAUUAAGGAGGUACGUGAAAAAAUAUCUUCAUAAAAAAAUUAUAAAUUUGAAGAAUUUCCGUCAGGCGAAGAGAAACAUAGCGAAUGAGAAAAAGGUACACACCUUUAUCAUUCCAUCAAUGUCUGAUCGUAAUCAUAAAAAAGUUUCUAAUUAUUGCAGUUAUGUAGAAAAAUAUGUGAGGAAGUUUUUCCAUUCCUAUUUUGUCACGCUAGUUAAUAAUUUUUUUAAUAAUUUCUUUUUUCACUACAAGAGGAAAUGUAUGAAAAAUUACGUUGGUAAUUUUGGGACAAGGGGGGAGAAGCUCGAUGGUGAAACCGCUACCCAUCAUCAACCUUUUUAUCACUCCAGAUUUGUCACUAAGGACGACAAUGUGGCAUGCAGUAGGGUCAUGUGUUCCUCGUGCCUUGACACAAGUAUGGAAAAUUGCGCUCCCUGCAGUGGGAGAGAAGAUACUACCUCGAAGGAGGUACAGAACAUGUUGGAGGGGAGAAACUCUUUGCGUGUUUUCUCCCUUCCGAAUGUAAAUCGCAACCUAAAUGAGGGACAUGGCAAUGCUGAAAAGGAUCCCUACUCUAGUUACAGAAACAACUGUUGUAAUGGGGAAUCUUCUGUUCUGGUGUCUGCGGAGGAGAGUAACCCAUCUGGCAGCGUCUUGAAUAGGCUGCAUGUCGAGCGUUUCCAGAAGGAGAAAAGAGUUCGCGUUAGUUCAAAUCCUAAGAGGAGGAACUCUCUGUGUGGGGAUUUGAAGCCUGGAGCAGCAAAUAACCCGUUGGAGAGGGGUAACAGGGGCGGAGUGCGAACCGAGGGGCGCGUUUGCGGCAGUAACGACUCAAGUGGUAAUAGCGGCGAGAGUGGCAGCGGGAAUGGCGGGGGGAGUGGAAGUGGGAAUAGCGGUGGGAAUGGAAGUGGGAAUAGCGGUAGGAAUGGAAGUGGAAAUAGCAGGGACAGUGACAGCGAUAACCGAAGUGGGAGCAACGGCGGAGACAGCGGCAGCAAGGAUAACGGAGGCAGCAGUGGAAACGACGGUAACAGCGAGGACAACAAUGAGGACCACAAUAAAGACAAUAAUUACGACAGUGGAAACGACAGCAGCAACGACAGCGGUAAUGACAAUGUGAAGGAGAAAGGCACAAAGGGAAACAACCGAGGAGGGAAUGCACACCCGGAUGAACCAAAUGAGAAAAGCGGCGUCAUUACACACGAUAACGAGCACGAAAAUUAUUACAAGCUAAUUAGAGAAAUUGAGUUUUUGGAAAAUAAUGAAAAUGCAAAGGAGAGCAACUGGAUGAAGAAAAAGGAUUCUAUAGGUAUAAUUCAAGGAGGGGAUGAACAGAAGGGAAAGUUGGGUGGAGUUGAGAAUAGCGGCAUCAAAUUAGACUCAGGAGUGAUGGAGAAGGAAGAGGAUGCGAGCAUGAAAUUGGAGCGAACUGGGGAAGACAAUCAAUUAUUAAACUUAAAUCAAAUGAUAAUUCACACGACCAAUUAUGUGAGUCAGCCGUUGAAAUUGCCUCUUCUACCCGAGAUGAGUCACCCGAAUUCGUAUGCGUCUCUUUCCCCUCGCAACAACACGUGCGGGAGUAGCAGUAGUAGUAGCAGCAGCGGAAGUAGCGGAAGCAGUAGCGGUAACAGCAGCACGAAUAGCAGUGGGAGCUGUAAUAGCCAGGGAGGAAGCAAAAACAACAUGAAUCAAUUGAAUGACCCUGAUUUUGAAGAAGCGUGUGAUAUUAGACUAAUGAACACUCCGGAAAAUAUGAAAUUUUCACAGUCUCCUCCAACAAGCUCCCUACAUGCGUCGUCCUUACAUCUAACCGAUGUGAAUGAAUUAGUUCUUUCUCCGAAUCAGCAGAUAUAUACGAAUAGCCCAUUAAAGUCACCCAACAGCACGCCCUUAACCCCUGCGUCUCCCAUUUUUGAUUCCAAUUAUAAUGAAGAGAACAUGGAAAAGGUGAACUCCAAUUAUUUCGUUUCCUCCCCAUACAGAAAUGACAUUUUCUCUGAAUUCGAUAUGCUUGGUUCAUUUUUUGAAUCACUGGAUGAAUUGGAAAAUAAAAGUGACUACACGGAGAGUAGCAGUAAUGAGAACUCCAAGUUUAGUCAAGACUUUUCGCUAGAUGUGUGUGGUACGAAAAAGGGAGAAAAAAAAGGAAACAUACAAAAGGAUGAAGUCAUUUAUAACUUUAAGAGAGACAAUUAUAAGAAAGUGUUCCAUGCAUGGUGCAAUAAAGGAAAACACGAAUUGAAUUAUGAUAAUAAAAAGUUCAACUCCAUUAUGGAGUGGAUAAAUUAUAUAGAAGAUCUCAUGUCCCAUGAAGGGCAAAAUGACAACAAGGGUGACCAAGAGGAACAGCGACAGCCUCUUCAGGAGCAGCAGAUGGAACCAGACUUGGGAGAACAGCUAGAGGAGGAACAGUGUGGUCUCCUUCAGGAUAUGGAACAUGAACUGGAGCACGAAAGGGAGCAGGAAGAUAUUAUCAAAAUUGGUAUGAGCCCGAGCUUUUUUAACGACGAAAAUGUGUACCAGGUGAGUAACAGUGCAUUUCACAGUGAUGAGUAUAUUUCCGUGGGGAAAGAAAAUGAAGGGGGAAGCGGGGAAGUUGAUUACACUGUUAACAGCGGGGUCGACUAUCUGGUGAGCAGAGGUGUUGAUUACAUGGUUAGCAGCAUGGCCGAUUAUGCCGUCAGCGGCGGCGGGGACGACUGUGGUAAUGACCAGGAAGAGUAUUACAAAGACAGUGGAGAUAACUGCACCUUGAAGGAAGAGAACAAGUGUGAUAAUUUCUUAGCUAAGCAAAAUGUAAAUGUGAUGAUGAACACCCCUGAACAGUGCAACAAUUCCUUCGUAGCAGAUAAUUUAAAUGCAUACCAGGCAAAUGAGACAGGAGGAGGAAUGAGCAGCCAGCAUAGUCACUCUGCUCAACUCUCCUCAUCAUUAAUAAAGCCAAAUUAUAAUGCCAAUCCGUGCAUCAGUACUUUUCGGGGGGAACUGAAUUUGCUGUCCGAGUACAACAACGCGGAGGAUAAUAUCACCUACAGUAAUAAUGACACCAGGCAGGAGGUAGGAGGCGAUUAUUUUCUCCCCUCAACGUUGGACGACGCGCAGAUUCAGAGCGGCUCCUGUGGUGUGGGCAGCAGUGGCUUUGUGUGGAACAAUGGCGCAAGUGGGGCCGAGGGAAACGGUGUAGGGAACAUCACCGAAAACGUAGCAAACGCUGUGGAUAACCCUGAUGGGAAGCAGCACGCCCACGUGCCCCAACCCGUCGUCGCGCAGAACACUUUUAUGGGCCCGGACGAAGCGGAAAAGGUUGGGACGCAGAAUGAAAAGCACAUGGCUGACAGUGGCACGGCUUCGUCAAACUGUGCUGAUGUUCAAGAUCCAUGGAUGACUCAGUGA